CCACAAACGACUAAAUACUAAUACCUCUCUCUCUCUCUCUGCAAAACCACUCUUUCUUACAAGAAUCUCUGCCACACAACACAUAACUGAACCUCAGACUUGCUCAUGAGUCUGUGUCUGACUCCUAAAAAAAGAUUGUGGCUGUUCAAUACAUUCUUGAACGGUAGUUAACAGUAACUUUUGCUGAUAUUUAAAGCAUUUAGCAGCUUAUCAAAGUGGAGGCAAACCAUCCAGCAAAACGGUAUUAUUGAGCUUUAUGCAUUUAAGAAAUGGGUGAACUCAAAUAAUUGGGAAGCAUUUUUACAAUUACAAAGUUUGACUACUCGUUAUUGUGAUCAAUUUCUCUCCUCUGAGUAAAUAAUUUCUUCCUACAUGCAAACAUCCCAGAAACACCCAUCUUCGGCUGGUAUCCAUUUAUACCAGCAGCCUGUGCAAGACAUUGAUCCCUACACUCAUUACCAAAUAUUACAAAGCAAUUCAUGCCAUGAUAUCCAUGAUAGCAGCAGCCAGGGAACCACUGUUUCUUUUGAAACCUGCAAGGAGCAAUACUUUACCCUGGAAUCAUACCCAGCAACCACUGGUCACAUAGGUUGUGAUUCUCCCUCCUAUGCUAGUGUAUCAUCCAAUAAGAGUCCUUUUUCUUCACAAGCUUCUCAGUCACACCAUUCAGAUCAGCACCAGUCAUCAGACAACACCUAUGGAUCACCAAUAAGUGUACACUCUAGUGCUGAUGAUAGCUAUGAAUUGAAACACAAACUUAGAGAACUGGAGGCUUCAUUGUUGGGGCCUGAGUCAGAAAUUGUUGACAGUUGUCACUGCUUCUUCGAGGGUGGCCUCCAAGAAUCACCUCCAAUUGCUCAAUAUAAUUGGGCUCAGAUUGCAAAAAUGAUCCCGAAGUUAGACUUGAGAGAAGUCCUCAUUCGAUGUGCACAAGCUGUGUCUGAUAAUGAUAUUCAAACAGCACUAGGCUUGAUGGAUAAUGUUUUGGGAAAGAUGGUAUCAGUUGCUGGGGAUCCAAUGCAGAGGUUGGGUGCUUACUUGUUGGAGGGUCUAAGAGCAAGAUUUGAAUCAUCAGGGAGUGUAAUCUACAAAGCCUUGAAGUGUGAACAACCAUUAAGCAAAGAUCUGAUGAGUUACAUGCACAUCCUGUAUCAGGUUUGCCCAUAUUGGAAGUUUGCAUACAUAUCAGCAAAUGUUGUCAUUGGAGAAGCAAUGCAAAAUGAAUCCAGAAUUCAUAUAAUUGACUUCCAAAUCACACAGGGCACACAGUGGUUGUUACUUAUCCAGGCUCUUGCAUGUCGUCCUGGUGGCCCUCCAUUCCUUCGCGUAACCGGUGUUGAUGAUUCCCAAUCAUUUCAUGCUCGGGAUGGAGGACUUGAUAUUGUAGGAAAACGGCUCUCAGAUUAUGCAAAAACUUGUGGGGUGCCAUUUGAGUUCCAUAAUGCUGCCAUGUCUGGCUGUGAUGUUAAACUAGAAAACCUUGUAGUUCGACCUGGGGAAGCUAUAGCUGUGAAUUUCCCUUUUGUUUUGCACCACAUGCCAGAUGAGAGUGUGAGCACAGAGAACCACAGAGACAGGCUAUUGAGAUUGGUAAAGAGCUUGUCGCCCAAGGUUGUGACCCUUGUUGAGCAAGAAUCCAACACAAACACUUCUCCCUUUUUCCAAAGGUUUGUCGAGACCUUGAAUUAUUACACUGCUAUGUUUGAAUCAGUAGACGUGGCCCUCCUCAGAGACGAUAAGCAAAGGAUUAAUGCAGAACAGCACUGUUUGGCUCGUGACAUUGUCAACAUGAUAGCUUGUGAGGGGGCUGAGAGGGUGGAAAGGCAUGAACUCUUAGGAAAAUGGAGGUCUAGAUUUUCUAUGGCCGGAUUUGCACCAUGCCCUUUGAGUUCCUCAGCUACGGCUGCAGUCACAAAUCUCUUGAAUGAAUUCAAUGAAAAUUAUAGGCUUGAAUACACAGAUGGUGCUCUCUAUCUAUUCUGGAAGAAUAGAGCUAUGUGCACCUCUUGUGCCUGGAGAUGUUACUGACUCACUGUCAUAGGUUUAUGUACAUUUUCCUCGUUGUUCCUUGUUCCUUGUUCCUUCUCCCUUCUCUUUUUUUUUUUUUUUUUUGACCUUUAGCCAUAAUCAGUCUUAUUCACAGUUUCUCAAGAGGACACCUUGAGAUUUAGCUCUGUUCCAAACGUGUAUCCUUUUCCUUUUGUGGGUUAUACUGCUGAAUCUCUCUAAACUUGCUGUACAUGUAAAUACUAGAAUGAAAUAGAAAAGAAACCUCAGUCAUGGUUAUUUA